AUGAUGUUCUUGGAGGCCGACAUCCAGAACAGUCUUGACCAGAUCUUCCCCAUGCCACCGGAAGAGUUACCGGAAGCGAAGAAGGCACAAGCCGAAGACGUCCUGAGACUUGUGCCAAUACAGCGGAACUGCUACGCCCAGGCCUUUGACACGAUGCCUGCCUCGCGCCUUGUUGCCGAGCUUCCGCAGCUUCCGGAGGCCUUUUCCUUGCAGCCGCUUUCGGAGGACUGCAACUUGGAUGCUCCAUCCAUCAGAUGCCCCGCCGUGCCUGAGAAGGCGGAGGCCCCACCGCGGCCACGGCACCUGGAGGCGGCGCUGCCGAAGGCGUCCGAGGUCGAGGUCACACAAGGCUCUCGCAGGAGGGGCCGAAGCCUCGAUGCUUCGAUUCCCAAGCCCGGUGGGGGGCAGGCCCUCUUUGACACGGGUGACCCGCGAAGUGCUGCGCCCUUCGACGGCCUCCUCCCAUCCUGCCAGGAGGACCCUGCUGCAGCUAGGCGUGGCCGCAGCACAGACGACCAGUGCCGUGCUGAUGCGAGGCAUCCUUCCUGGGAGGUUGAUCUGCAACCAGCCCCAUUUCCGCAGGAGCUCCUUCAACUGCAGCCCAUGCAGGACAUCCCGCUUUUCCAGCAGGUGCAAGAACUACAGCUGCAACCCCUCCAGAACAUCACGCCGCCGGCACCUCCUCCGCCGGAUGUCCAGGCCAAAAGCGACAGCACUUAUCAGCGCUUCAUGCGGGAUGCGGACAAUUUGCUGGCCUGGGAUGUUCCGGGACAGGCGUACCUCAAGUACUGCGAAGCGAACAGCCAGCACGACGACCUUUGCGGUCAGAAGUCAGGCGAUGCAUAUCGCGGGAUGGCUCGAAGCCUUUCUGUGGGUGCAGGCUUCCGAGGCAUCGUCGCGGGUUUGCCAACUACAGCUGAGGAGCGUCUAGACCUGGGCAUGAACAUGCUUGAGUUGGCGGUUGAAGCUGGCUCCGCCAAGCUUGGCGAUGCACGAAGUGAUCCGAAGCUUGAGAAUCUGCGUAAGCUCCGGUCGGGGCGCUUCAUGGCGCUCAUGGAGCAAGUGCCGGCCACGGGCUUGGAUGCCUUGGCAGUGGCAGCAUCCGCGGGAGUUGCAGCCAUGGCAGCUGUUGCAGGCAUUCAACCUGUCUCGCUCGUACCCACCGCACCUGUGCCGGUGGCGCCCUAUGUGCCGGAGCCACCGACGUCGGUCUUCCCGGAUCCUGCCCAGGCUACGACCCUUGUGUUGCCGAUGCCACCGAGUGAGCUCUCUGCCGUCCGAGAGGUUGAGCUGCCGCAGGAGGAGGACUCGGACCAAGAGGAGGACGACGAAGAUGAGGAAGGCGACGGCGACAGCGAGGAGGAUGGGGAUGGUGAGGAAGAAAGUGACGGCGAAGGUGAGAAGCCUGAAGAACAAGGAGAAGAGAGCGAGGCAUCCGACUCUGAAGAGUCCCAGGCCAAUGAGGACGAGGGCGCCGCCUCCGAGAGUGAUGCGGAGCUCAGCUGGGCUGAAGCGCUACGGAACUUCUUCGGCUGGUAG